AGAGCGUGCUUCCAGGCCCGUCAAUGGAACAAGACAUAGCCACUCUAUGUUGACAUGGUGGAAGACGACCCACCUCUCUGCACGUGCCUCCCAUUUCACUGGAACCAUGGUCUUCUCGGCAGUGUUGAGAGCAUCCCAUACCGGACCGUCCAACACGACGUUUGUAGUCUAUGAAAAUACCUACAUGAAUUUUACAGCACCUCCUCCUUUCCAGCCUCCUAGCAUUGGGCUGAGGAACAGUCUGGAAACCAUGGUUCCUACUGCGACGGGCUCCUGGACAGUAAAUAGUACACUUGUGCCCUCAACACCAGCAGAUUUCAAGAGCCUAAACUUGCCUCUCCAGAUCUUCUUUUCUGCUGUCAUGAUAUUUAUUCUGGUUGUGUCUUUUCUUGGGAACUUGGUGGUUUGCCUCAUGGUUUACCAAAAAGCUGCCAUGCGAUCUGCAAUUAACAUCCUCCUGGCCAGCUUGGCUUUUGCAGACAUGUCACUUGCUGUGCUGAACAUGCCCUUUGCCCUGGUAACCAUUCUUACUACCAGAUGGAUUUUUGGGAGAUUCUUCUGCCGGUUGUCUGCUAUGUUCUUCUGGCUGUUCGUGAUAGAGGGAGUAGCCAUCCUGCUCAUUAUCAGCAUUGACAGGUUCCUUAUUAUAGUUCAGAGGCAGGAUAAGCUGAAUCCCUAUAGGGCUAAGGUUCUGAUUGCGGUUUCUUGGGCAGCUUCCUUUUGUAUAGCUUUCCCUCUGGCUGCAGGAAACCCUGACCUCCAGAUACCUUCCCGAGCCCCACAGUGUGUGUUUGGAUACACAACCAGUCCCGGAUACCAAGCUUAUGUGAUUUUGAUUUCUCUCAUUUCUUUCUUCAUACCAUUCCUGGUCAUACUGUAUUCCUUUAUGGGCAUUCUCAACACCCUUCGGCACAAUGCUCUGAGGAUCCACAGCUACCCUGAGGGUAUUUGCCUCAGCCAGGCCAGCAAACUGGGUCUCAUGAGUCUGCAGAGGCCCUUCCAAGUGAGCAUUGACAUGGGCUUUAAAACACGUGCCUUCACCACUAUUUUGAUUCUCUUUGCUGUCUUCAUUGUCUGCUGGGCCCCGUUCACCACAUACAGCCUCGUGGCAACGUUUAAUGAGCAUUUUUACUACAAGCACAACUUUUUUGAGAUAAGCACCUGGUUACUCUGGCUCUGCUACCUCAAGUCUGCGUUGAAUCCACUGAUUUACUACUGGAGGAUUAAGAAAUUCCAUGAUGCCUGCCUGGACAUGAUGCCUAAGUCUUUCAAGUUCUUGCCUCGUCUUCCUGGUCACACGCGGCGACGGAUUCGCCCCAGCGCCGUCUAUGUGUGUGCAGAGCACCGAACAGUGGUGUGA